AUGGCGUUAGAUCCCGAACACGGGGUCAGCAAAGACCUGUCGACUAUUGAUACUUCCCCGCUACCUUCUCAUACUAGUGGAACCGCCCAAAUUGUUGCCCAUGGCGGGUACAGCGGUAUUGGAGAUGAAUCCUCCAGUACUGAAGAUGACACUAGUUCUGCUAUGAGCGUGAGCAAGCAGGUGGAGCUGGAAGCAGGCCAUGCCAUCAAGUAUAGGACUUGUAGUUGGCAGAAGACUGCAGCACUACUCUUUUCCGAGUAUAUCUGCUUGGCUAUCAUGUCAUUCCCGUACUCUUACUCGGUCCUCGGCCUGGUCCCAGGGCUGAUACUUACGGUUGUGGUCGCCGGAAUGGUGCUCUAUACUUCAUUGGUCAUCUGGAAAUAUUGCCUACGCCAUCCGGACGUACGGGAUAUCUGUGACAUUGGCCAGCGCCUUUUCUGGGGCUCAAGAGCGGCGUGGUAUCUCACGGCCAUCAUGUUCCUCCUGAACAAUACCUUUAUCCAGGGCUUGCAUUGCUUGGUCGGCGCACAAUACUUGAACACGAUGACGAAUCACAGCACUUGUACAGUGGUAUUUGUCGCAGUGACAGCUGUGAUAUCUUUCGUUUGCUCCAUACCAAGGACUUUCAACACACUUUCCAAGCUUGCAACUCUAUCGGCUUUCUUUACAUUCAUAUCGGUUCUACUGUCGAUGAUAUUUGCCGGACUCGAGGCUCAUCCUGCGAAAUAUAACCCCGACCCUAAUCAUAAAGGCCCCGAUGGCAAGUUAAUGGGGGGUAAGCCUAUUGUCACAGCAUUUCCCCUCCCCGGAACCACCUUUGUUGCGGGAAUGUCUGCUUUCCUAAACAUCAGCUAUACGUUCAUCGGCCAGAUCACCCUCCCAAGUUUUAUUGCUGAGAUGAGAAAUCCAAAAGAUUUUAGCAAAGCCCUCUGGGCAGUCACUAUUGCGGAGGUAAUUGUGUUCAGUGUUGUGGGUGCGAUUGUCUAUGUCUUCACAGGCACACAAUACAUGACCGCACCAGCAUUUGGCUCCCUCAGCAAUGAAGUGUAUAAGAAGGUUGCCUUUUCCUUCAUGGUGCCUACACUGAUUUUUCUCGGAGUACUCUAUGCAUCUGUGUCUGCACGAUUUAUCUUUUUCCGCAUUUUCGAUAACACUCGCCACAAGACAGAACACACUCUGGUCGGCUGGUCCGCCUGGGCUGGGAUUUUGGCGGUACUUUGGAUACUUGCCUUCAUUGUGGCAGAAGUGAUUCCAUUCUUUACCGACCUUCUUUCCAUAAUGAGUUCGCUUUUCGACUCUUUCUUUGGAUUCAUCUUUUGGGGAGUGGCCUAUCUACGAAUGCAGUCGGCGGACGAGGCUGAGAAGCCAGGAAAGCCCCGCAGCGUCAGAGGAUGGAUCGGGUGGGGUGUUAAUAUCUUCCUCGUCGGAGUCGGGUUACUAUUUCUUGGUCCAGGAACAUAUGCAUCUGUUGAUAGUGUCGUGCUCAAUUACCAGAGCGGAAAAGUUGGCAGCGCAUUUUCCUGUAAGGACAAUGGGUUAUAA